GCUUGCUGGCUGGGCUACAUGGAAAGAGGAUGAGGCACUCAGAAGCAAUGGUAGACACCAAGGAACAGUAGUGCAGGAGUCAAAUGGCACAGAGACUCAGAAGGGGAGCAAGGGAUGGUAGCCUGGAAACCCUAAGAGGACAAAACUCAAGCAGAAGCUUCAUUGCUAGCCUUUCCUCUUCUUCUUCUUCUUCCUCUUCAAGGCAUGGCUCCCAAAGCUCCCAAAGGUCCCAAAGCAGGCAAGAAAGGCAAGAAAGGCAAGAAAGGGAAAAAAGGAGCCAAGAAGAAAGUCAUCAAGCGUGCCCCAGAAGUUUCCGCAAAAGAAUAUUUUGGUAAAACCUUGGAAAAGAUUCCUGUUAAAGCCAGGUGGAGAGCAAUUGGAAUCAUGGGAGCUGUGUGUCUUGCCGUCUUUAUCACCAUGAUCAUUUUAUAUAUCAUUGAUGCCUCAGAAGACUUUGCAGACAGGGAACUGAAAAUGAGAGGGGUUAGGAGAACCAUUGCAUUUGCAAUAGAUCGCCGUGAGCUACACAAAGCAACGCCCCCAGAAGUAGCCGAACUCAUGAAAAAGGUGCCAGAAUACAGGGAAGAAUUUGAUGUUGAAUUCGCAAGCUUGAGAAAAGAGUACAUGCAUGCAUGGAUGAGAGGUCUGAAAUCUUCUGAGAACUGGCAGCUUUUCGGCAGGAGCCUCUACUACAUUUCAAAAAGCGAAAAGACCUGGCACGAUGCCAAGAAGUUCUGUGCAUCCAAAGCUGUCCACUUGACCUCUAUCCUCAGUGACAAAGAACAGAGAUUCAUCACCUCGCAGCUCAAGCGCCCUGCCUGGAUUGGCCUUACAGAUGAAAAUGAGGAAGGCAUGUGGGAAUGGACAGAUGGCUCCCGGUUCACUACACAGUACUGGUCUGAAGGCAAACCCAGCAACCUGGAGCAGAAUGGAAGGAUGGAACGAGACUGUGCUGUCAUUAUACCUUCAGCUGGUGUGGAUAACUGGAGUGAUGUCAGUUGUGAUAAACUAAAUGGAUGGAGCUCACAGUGGGAUAGCACCAGGAAAUUAUUGGACAUGUCCACAGAUGUAUGGGUGGGGAGCUGGCGACCCCACCGGCCCAGGGGACCGAUUGCUGCCCUCUACAGCAGCCCAGGGCCCAAAUAUGGGCUCCCGACAAAUGUAGGCUACCAGCAACAUGACCCCUCUCGCUACCGUGCCCCUGCGUACAGUUUUGGCACCCGUCGCUUCCAGGAGCAGGAGAGUUGCUCUCCUGGGCCAGGCUACCUCGUUCCGGCCAACAUGACCAUGAGGGGCAAGGAUGGGAUUCCUGCUUACUCCAUCUAUGGACGCCCAAGAGACAUCACGUCCUUUAGAACUCCGGGGCCAGGUCGCUAUUCCCCAGAGAAAGCUGGCCGGUUUGCUUACCCCUCUGCCCCAAUGUACUCACUUGCUUCACGGACGAAAGAUUUUCUGAAUGACCAGACUCCAGGGCCAGCGGCCUACGGGCUCCCUCCCAUGCUGGGGCCCAAGGUGGUCAACAGGAGCUCAGCCCCCAACUACUCCAUUUUUGGACGCAGCAUGAUCGGCAGCUUUUACGAGGACCUCUCCAAGACCCCAGGGCCCUGCAACUACCGCUUGGUGGAUCCCAGCGUCUACAAGAACCGCCCGCCCCAAUACAGCAUGCUGGCGCGCAACGUGCCUCCAGGAGACAACACUCUCAAGCCGGGCCCGGGAGCCUACAGCCCAGAGAAGUACGCCCAGCACCGUGGCUUGACCUUCGGGAUCCGCCACUCCGACUACGUGGCUCCGCUCAUCGUGGAUGUGGCCGAAUGAGCCAGCCCCAUUGGCAGGGAUGGAUGGAACAAGAAAGGUCCACUUAGGAACA